CACAUUCUCGCGAGAUGAGAUUUGUGACGUUUGGAUUAGCGGUCCGGAGGGAUUCAAGGAGCAAAGCGUUAAAGGUGCUGCGGGACUUUUAAACAGCGAUUCGGGACUGCUGGCUGUGUUAAGAAAAUCGGGACUGUCCCAGGAAAAGCAGUACUGCUGGGCGAAAAAUAAAACCAACAGGUCAUGUCUCAACCAACUAAACAUUUUCAUGGGAUUUUGCACCCUGUAUCAAAAACACAAGGUGGGAAUUUUCUCGUGGCUAUAAAACAAGAAAAAGUAGAAGUCCAAACAGUUGGUGAUAAGAGCACAGGGGGAGAGGAAGAGCCUGUAAAAAAACGGGGAUGGCCAAAAGGAAAGAAGAGAAAAAAGAUCCUUCCCAAUGGCCCCAAAGCUCCAGUCACAGGUUAUGUUCGAUUUUUGAAUGAGCGAAGAGAGCAGAUUCGAGCACAGCAUCCAGAUCUUCCUUUCCCUGAGAUUACAAAGAUGCUUGGGGCAGAGUGGAGCACACUGCCAGCACAUGAGAAGCAGAGAUACUUAGAUGAAGCUGAGAGGGAUAAGCAGCAGUAUAUGAAAGAGCUUCGAGAAUACCAGCAGUCGGAAGCAUACAAGAUGUGUGCAGAAAAGAUCCAAGAGAAAAAAAUUAAAAAAGAAGAAACCAGUGCGGCAGCUAUCAGCACCUUGUUAAAUGGACACAUACAAAAAACUGGUGAUCCCCAGACUGAUGGGUUUUCCAGUUUUGAUAUGACUAUAUUUACAGAAGAGUUUCUGGAUCAGAACAAAGUCCGUGAAGCAGAGCUAAGAAGACUGCGCAAGAUGAAUAUGGAGUUUGAGGAGCAGAAUGCUAUCUUACAACGACACACAGAGAGCAUGAAUUGUGCCAAGGAGAGGCUAGAACAAGAACUUGCUCAGGAGGAAAGGCAAACAAUGGCUCUCCAGCAGCAGAUUCAAACUAUCCGCCAGAUUCUAUUGUCUAGCUUUUCUUCCUUGCCAAUUCCAGGUACAGGGGAGACACCAACAUUAGGAAACCUUGAUGUGUACAUGGCCAAACUUCAUAAUCUGAUAGAGGGUAACCCAACUCAACAUGAAAAACUGGUUAUCAAGAUAAAAGAGGUUUUGUCCCGGAUAAACAGUGAUCACCUGUGAUAUGAAAAGUGGAGAAGCAGAGAAAACCUCUAUCAGCUCUUCAAAAUUUUAUAAAAGUAGGGCAAGAAGGUGUCUGGUAUUUAACUAUGUGUAAAGUGGAAGAAUGACAGGCAAAUAGGAAAAUUAAUGGAAAAAAAUGUGAAAGAACUUAUGAUGACUAUUCCUUUUCAGUUAUACAAUUCCUUGCUAUUUAUACAAAAAUCUCAAUUAAGCACAGACAUAGCAGCUCUGUCUGUCUCAUCAUACAUUUCAGCUUAAUCUGUAGGUUCAGAAUUCAGGUCAAACAGAUAAAAUACAUACAUGUUGAAAAGUACAAAUAUGCAUAUUUUAAAUCGUCCUGCUAAAGCUCAUAGCAUUUAAAAGAAGAUUUAAAAUGUUAUUAAAAAACUUAAAUUAUAUAAAGAAAGAAUUAUAAAUUAGACUAAAAUAGAGAAAACAUCUUACAUUAUACAGAUUGACAACCGUGCAAAUAUGUACAAUACUAUAAACAAUUUUCUAGCAAAUUUGUGGAUGUUUUGGGAGUAAAAUAUGACAAUAUACAUAUACACAGAAUAUGUAAUUAAACAAGUUCCUUUGUCAAUAAUAAUUGUAUUGAAAUAUAUUAAUGGACACUCUAAGAUGAAUUCCAGUUUUAAAAUGGUUUAUUUAUAAAUUGAAAAGGAACUUGAAGAAAUGUUCUAUGUCUUAAAAUGUAAUUAAAUUAAAUAGAAAAUGGUCUAAGAUGAAACACUACAAAGAACUGGAAUUUAAUAGUUGCUAAUUGCAACUAAGGCUAUAACGCUUUGAUUAAUUAUGUUCCAUUUUGUCUCUUGCUUGUACUAUGUCUGACUUAUCCAGAAAGCAGAUCAUGCAGAGUAGAGAUAAGAAAUGUUUGAUAAACAUAGGUAAUUACAGAUAAAUUAGGCCAGGCCACUUUAGAUGACAUUGCAAAAUUUCUCACUGAUUUGUCUGGAACGUGUGUUGUAUUGCCUUGAAAAAGUUUUUUUCAUAAAAUAAAUGUUUUGUUCUGGUGUAAACAAUGAA